AACAUGUUCUCGCACUUGUGCAGGUAGACCUUCAGAAGCUCUUACAAGUUGGAGAAUUGUUGAACCUUGCAAAAAAAAGACUAAGACACCUCUUUUGGGGUUUUGGUAUACACCCGGGAUUUUGAUUCUUCUUCUCCUUCUGAGAGCAGGACUUGCGAUCAUGAAGCUGGAGGUGUUCUGCGGCGCGCAUCACCACGCCAAAGCGCCGGAGAUGUGCAGCGACGCGGAGACCAGCGUGCCGUCCCCGCUCUCCGGAGAAGACGAGCUGGGCUCGGACGGCGACUGCGCGGCGCACAGCCCGUGCGCACCUGUCGCGUCCUCCUCUUCCUCUUCCUCCUCCUCAUCCUCCGCAGCCACCGCUGCCGCAGCGCGCAUCGAGGGCAAAGACAAGGGCAAGCCGUACACGCGCAGACCCAAGCCGCCGUAUUCGUACAUCGCGCUGAUCGCCAUGGCCAUCCGCGACUCAAGCUCGGGCCGCCUGACCCUCGCCGAGAUCAACGACUACCUCAUGCGCAAGUUCCCGUUCUUCCGCGGCGCAUACACGGGCUGGCGCAACUCGGUGCGCCACAACCUGUCGCUGAACGACUGCUUCCUGAAGGUGCUGCGCGACCCCUCGCGUCCCUGGGGCAAGGACAACUACUGGAUGCUGAACCCGCAUAGCGAGUACACGUUCGCCGACGGCGUGUUCCGGAGACGCAGAAAGCGCAUCGGCAAGUUAAAGGCGGGCCGCGAGCACGACGAGGACGCAGGACGGGCCGCCGCAGACGCGCCUUCGACGACGUCCAAGUUCACGAGCUCGUUCGCCAUUGACAGCAUCCUGAGCCGCCCGUUCCGUAGGAGGGAGCAGCCGGAGCCGUGCGCGCCUGAGGACUUUGGUGCGCCCGCGGCGCCGUUCCACGCUCUGGUUGGCGGCGUGCACGCGCUCCGCGCCUACGGCAUGAUGGGGGUCGCGUUGGAUGACUUUACCGCCGGGCUGCGGCAUGAAAGAGACUUUCCCGGGGCGCCCCUCGGCUCAGAGCGCUUUACGCUCCCAAGGGCCACACCAGCCACCAUGCGCGUCUCCACCAAAGCCGAAGCCUUCCAUCCGUUUCAGAUUGACUACUUAUUAUCCUAAUGGCGCGCCGGGACAAUGGCUCAUAUUGCACUUUAGACGUACUACUUAAUGUUUAUGGACCCGUUUUAAACAAAAUACAUUUCAUCACGAAGUGGACUUGCUAUAAAAAUGCACAAAUGCAGGGAAUUGAUUUUCUCCUUGGCAGUAAAUACUGUUGUAUAAUAAUGUUAUAUCUUGUAUUUAUGAUGUGCUGUUGGUCAGUUAUUUUUCUUCUCUUGUGUGUUUUUGCUGCAAUCGGGAUUUGACCUGAGAUGAAAUAUCACUUUGCUUGUUUUGUCAUCUCUCAAAGCAAUGGCACUGACAGCUAUGCUGUUUCCUGGGAUGUUUUAUUUUAUUUUAUUUUAUUUUUUAGAAUUAAAAGGUCAGCUGAAAGGUACAAUGAGAUGCUCGGCUCUGCCUGUAAACUGGACAGCAAUGCUAAUGUCUACUGAAAAGAAUGCAUGCGGAUUUUUUUAUAAUGAGCAAUAAAAAUUUAUUUCUGUAGCAAAGAAAACAAA